GUGAAAUUGUGAAUCCCAGUGAGGGAAGACAAGCGCGUUGUGUUACACUGCUCCAUAAAUAAAGACACACAUCAAGAUCUCGCUCUCAUUCUCGCUGUGAUUCAUCAUCAGUCUUUCUCAUCUCUCAUUUCUCCAUCACCACCACUAACCUUCAAUUCCAAUGGCCGAAUCGGGAUCUGAGACCCCAACGUCAACCAACGGCGACGCCUCUCCACCGUCACGGAAGGUCGCAUUGAUCACCGGAAUCACCGGCCAAGACGGUUCCUACCUCACCGAGUUCCUCCUCAACAAGGGCUACGAGGUUCACGGCCUGAUCCGUCGCUCCUCCAAUUUCAACACCCAACGCAUCGACCACAUCUACGUCGAUCCUCACAACGCCCACAAGGCUCGCAUGAAGCUCCACUACGCCGAUCUCUCCGACGCCUCCUCGCUCCGCCGCUGGCUCGACACCAUCCUCCCCGACGAGGUCUACAAUCUCGCCGCACAGUCUCAUGUUGCUGUGUCCUUCGAGAUCCCUGACUACACCGCCGACGUCGUCGCCACCGGCGCGCUCCGCCUCCUCGAGGCCGUCCGAUCCCACAUCGCCGACUCCGGCCGCUCUCACAUCCGAUACUACCAGGCCGGAUCCUCUGAGAUGUUCGGGUCAACCAACCCGCCCCAAUCGGAAACCUCCCCGUUUCAUCCGAGAUCCCCUUACGCCGCCUCCAAGUGCGCCGCGCACUGGUACACCGUCAACUACCGCGAGGCCUACGGGCUCUACGCCUGCAACGGGAUCCUCUUCAACCACGAGUCUCCCCGGCGUGGUGAGAAUUUCGUGACCCGGAAGAUCACCCGGGCCGUGGGUCGGAUCAAGAUCGGGCUCCAGAGCAAGCUGUUCUUGGGGAACUUGCAGGCUUCGAGGGAUUGGGGGUUUGCUGGGGAUUACGUGGAGGCGAUGUGGUUGAUGCUGCAGCAGGAGAAGCCAGAUGAUUAUGUUGUCGCGACGGAGGAGUCGCACACGGUGGAGGAGUUUUUGGAGGUGGCUUUUGGCUCUGCGGGUCUGAAUUGGAAGGAUCAUGUGGUGAUUGACAAGAGGUACUUUCGUCCUUCUGAGGUUGAUAAUCUUCAAGGAGAUGCUAGCAAGGCUAAGAAGAUUCUUGGGUGGAAGCCUAAGGUUGGGUUUUCUCAGCUGGUGAAGAUGAUGGUUGAUCAUGACAUUGAAAUGGCUAAGAAGGAGAAGGUGCUUGUUGAUGCUGGCUACAUUGAUGCUCAGCAACAACCUUGAUCAUCAACAUUGUUCAGGGGUUUUGCUGUUUUAGUAACAAUGUUCUGUUUUUUCAAAGAUUCAUCAUAGUUGUCAGAGUUCAAAUCCUAUGAGCUAUUUGUAUUAUGCAGUUGGAAUUGUUAUUUGUUUCUUAAAUGUGUAUGAAUUUCAUAUUCUUUUUUCUGUAAGCCUGAUAAUUCAUUGAAUCUAUAUCUUGUCAUGUCAUCUUCUUUUGGAAUGUAGAAGGUUAACCCUGCUAUUUGUGCU